UAAUUCAAUCUCCAGCCCUCUCACUUGAAAGAUAAGUCUCUCUUAGUACAAUUUGUGUCAUCCGAUCGAUCCCCAUAAGCUGAAAAAUCAAAUGAUAUUUGGGGCUGCACUUUCUUUCUUCUGUUUGGUUGGGUUUCUUCUUCAGCUGGAGGGAUCAACGUCAUCAGAAGCUCACUUCAGAUGUUCCGCCGCCGGCGCCGACCACCGGAAAAAUAGAGUUGUGAAGAUGGGAGUAAUUGCUGAUAAUAGCUCCCGGCUGGGCAGGGAACAGAUCGUGGCCAUUCAUAUGGCCCUCCAAAAUUAUCCUUCAUUUAAUUCUUGCCAUAAGCUGCAGCUCCUCCUCCUCGAUUCGCCGGACAACUCUGCCCACGCAACCGCUACCGCUUUGGAUCUAAUUACCCACAAAAAAGUAGAAGCCAUGUUUGGAACAUUGACAAGAGAGGAAGUAUCUACCAUAUAUGAGCUUCAUAAACCCUCCAUGAACAUCCCCAUAAUAUCCUUAUCUACAGCUUCCUUAGUACAACCAUCGACAAUAAUGCCAAUUCAAACGUCGUCGUUCAUUCAAAUGGCCAACGACAUCACCCACCAAACACGGUGCAUUGCGGCCGUUGUCGGCCAAUUCCGGUGGCGGAGAGUCACCGCACUCUACGAGAACAAAAACGGCGGCGACUUCACCACCAACAUGGCAAUUCUAAAACUCCUAUCAGAUUCGCUCCGAGAUUUCAACUCAGAGAUUGAAAACCACCAUGAUUUCUCUUUAUCAGAUCCGGAGCCACUGAUUGAAGAGAAGCUCAUGAAUCUCAGCAGAAACACAAAUAGAGUCUUUAUUUUAGUGCAAUCUUCCGUGGAGUUGGCCACCCUUCUCUUCACAAAAGCUAAAAAAUUGAAUAUGAUGGAAAAUGGAUAUGUAUGGAUUGUUGGCGAUGACAUGGCCAACCUUCUUGAUUCUUUAGAUUCCGCUGCUUUCAGUGACUUGCAAGGCGUAAUUGGGUGUAAGAUCUACUUUGAAGAAACCAAAAACAGAUUAUUCAAGAAAUUCAAGACCAAAUUUCGGAGGAAUUAUAUGUCUAAAUUCUCGGAAGAUGAAGGGCGAGGUGACCCCAGCAUCUUUGCCCUUCGAGCUUAUGAUGCUUGUACCGCCGUUGCCUCUGCACUGGACGAGCUGCAGGGAAGGCCAAGUGGACAGCAAUGGCCACAGAAAGUUUUGGAAAGUAAAUUUGAAGGUGUGAGCGGGGUGGUGAGCUUUAAGAAGGGCAUAUUGUCGCAGUUACCCACCUUCCAAAUCAUUAACGUUUUCGGAAAAGGGUAUAAAGAGAUUGCAUUUUGGUCACCAGAGCUGGGAUUUUUUGAUAAAUUCUCCCAACAAACGAGCACAAAUGCAAGGACUGGAAAUGCUUCCUUCAAUUUUUCCAGCUUAGUCUUCUGGCCAGGGAAUGCAAGAAGCGUGCCAAAGGGGUGGGAUUUUAGUAACCUUAAGAAACCAUUGAGGAUCGGAGUUUCAACCAAAGCUGCUUUCCAAGAAUUCGUACGAGUGAACUACAACCACACAAAUGGGCCUCAUUUCUCCGGCUUCUCCAUCAGCGUGUUUCAAAAAGUUGCAGCCAAUUUACCUUACUUCUUGCCCUACAAAUUCCUUCCUUACAAUGAUUCUUAUGAUAGUUUGCUGCAAAAAGUCCACAACAAGGAGUUUGAUAUGGCAGUGGGAGACUUUGGGAUAUUUGCAGAUCGAUUUGAGUACGUAGAUUUUUCUGAACCAUAUUUGGAUAAUGCAGCGGUGAUGAUAGUGAAAGAGAAGCCACUGAAGUGGGCGCAAUCAAUGCUUUUCAUGAGAGCUUUCACUCCACAAAUGUGGCUGCUCAUGCUCUCCAUGCAUAUAUUUGUGAGCUCCGCAAUUUGGCUGAUUGAGCGUAAACAUAAUGAUGCAUUGAAGGGAUUUGGAAACAUGUUAUGGUUCUCGGUAUCCGUCAUUUUUUAUUUACAUAGAGAACCAAUAAAGAGUGGGUUGGCCCGAUUUGUGUUGGGGCCAUGGCUAUUCACCAUCCUUAUUGUAACAGCAAGUUUCACGGCAAGUCUGUCAUCGAUGAUGACGAUCUCAAGGUACCAACCAUCUUUUUUGGACAUUGAGACCCUGAAGCUGAAAAAUGCGACAGUUGGAUGCAACAAUGGCUCAGUAAUGGUGAGAUUUUUGUCCCAAGUGUUGUCGUUUCCUGUAGGGAAUAUCAAACAAAUAUCCGGUGUGGAUCGAUUUCCAGAAGCCUUGGAAAAGGAAGAGAUUCAAGCAGCUUUCUUCUCCGGUCCCCAUGCCGAAGUUUUCCUCACUAAACAUUGCAAAUACUACACCAGAGCCACCAUCUUCAAGCUCGUCGGCAUGGGUUUUGCUUUUCCAAAAGGGUCUCCGUUGACCGUCGACAUAUCAGAGUCAAUAGCGGAGCUGAUUGAAGAAAGGAGAAUGCCGGAUCUGAAGACGACAUUGCUCUCCACCUUCAACUGCUCCUCAGGCACAAACGACAAUGAUAUAAACGGGUCGGGUUUAGGACCCGAACCUUUUGCCGGUUUGCUUCUGAUUUCAGGUGUCAUCGCUUCCACAGCAGUUCUAAUCACCGCUUGUCGUCUCGUAUUAAUGAGGUUGGGCUGGAUCACAAAGCCCACUUCAUUCAAAGCCCAAAUCUUCAAUUUGAUUAGAUUAAGACCCUCUUAAUUGCCCCUAAUGUAUGAAGUUUUCUCAUCUUGAGAAACUUUUUUAAGGUUUUGUUAUAUUAUCUAAUACGCGUGAUGUACGCAUAUCUUA